GUAGUAUCUAUCCUCGGAAUAACGACCCCAGCCAAGAGGCCCACGAAAUGGACACACUCUCCCAGGGCCACCACCAACAUUCACGCACCCAGGGUGCUGGUGAUAUGACGGACCGUACGCCACUACGGCACGACUUGGCAUCUGGGGUACUGAACAGGAAGGACUAUGCUAUCGGUAUUGCAUUACUACUUUGCGUGGUUCUCCUAUGGACAGCAUCCAAUUUCAUAACCCAGGACCUGUUUGAAGAUGGAUUCGCGAAGCCUUUUUUUGUCACCUAUAUGAAUACGAGCGCAUUCACGCUGUAUCUACUCCCAUUUGCUGUCAAGAAGGUUUUACAACGGCGUUGGGGCACUGGCACAGAAUCCAUACGACUUUUGGCAGGGUACCAACCUUUGUCCAUGGACGAUGAUGCGCCAGGAGCCCCCGUCUCUAAACCCCAUUCAACUUCCCUUCCCCCGCUCACGCCCAAGGAGACAGCACAUUUGGCGGCAGUGUUUUGUAUCUUUUGGUUCAUCGCCAAUUGGACUGUCAAUGCCUCGUUGGACUUUACCAGUGUUGCUAGUGCAACAAUCUUGUCAAGCAUGAGUGGCUUUUUUACUCUGGGUAUUGGAAGGCUGUUCCGUGUGGAAAGGUUGUCCUGGCUCAAGGUCACAACAGUCCUUGUCAGUUUCCUGGGUGUGAUUCUAGUCUCUUGGUCAGAUCAUGGGAAACAGACGAGUCUCCCAGACCCAUCCCAGCCGCCGACAAAUCCAGGACCGAAGAACCCAAUCUUGGGAGACGCACUGGCUCUUAUAUCGGCUGUCUUCUAUGCUAUCUAUGUGAUUUUACUCAAGGUUCGAAUCAAGUCAGAGUCCAGGAUAGAUAUGCAGCUGUUCUUUGGGUUCGUGGGGCUGUUCAAUAUCUUGCUCUGCUGGCCCGUUGGCCUUGUGCUCCAUCUGACUGGAAUGGAAGUGUUUGAACUUCCUAGUAGCAGCAGGUUGUGGGCCGGUGUCUUGAUUAACAUGGCCAUCACAUGGUCUAGCGACUAUCUAUACGUUCUGUCGAUGCUCAAGACUACGCCCUUAGUGGUGACCGUCGGACUCAGUCUGACGAUACCAUUUGCCGUUCUCGGGGACUUUCUCAAAGGCCGUGGAAGUGAAAUCCAAGUCGUCUUGGGCGCUCUACUGGUCCUUAUCAGUUUUAUUGCCCUCGGAAUUGCUGGAGAGAGGGAAGAAGGAGAACAAGUACCACAGAUACCCGUUGGAGGUGUUGAACACGAUGACCAUAGACGACUUUAGUUACGACCACAGACACUGUAUUAUUUACGCGAUAACGACCUUGCGCAUUCCGUC